GGCUGGUUUUCCCUCUUCUGUCCAAAAAAAAAAAUAAAAAAAAAAUUCCAAAGCUCCCUGGCAAUGUCUGCUUGUCUGCUGUAUUGCCUCAGGGGACCACCAUGACCCUCUUCUGUCCAUUGUUCCCUUGGCGAUUAAGGUAGUUACCGACCGACGAUUGUGCGUUGUAUCCUGGAUCUCUCCCUCCCCUUGGGUCCGGUUGUCCGGUUGGUGCCUACCUACCUACCUACCUACUACCUUACCUUCGGCAUCAUGGAUCCACGCGCAGGAGACAUCUCUUGGGCCACGAUUCCGACUAAUCUCCUGCUGGCCGAGCUCGCGAGACGGGGUGAACGGGAUGGCGGCGAUGACGACGCGCGACCAGAAUGCGGCUCCGGUAGCCGCGGAUCCUACGAUACCGGCCUCCAUGUUGGCGCCCUUAUCCUGAUCCUCACCUUGAGCACCGUCUCUUGCGGUAUCCCUCUCCUAUCACGAGGAGGCUCCGGGGGCCAUCUCCAAAAGAAGAUCAUUUUCUACUGCCAACACUUUGGCACCGGCGUCCUUCUCGCGACCGCCUUCGUCCACCUCCUCCCCACGGCCUUCCUCUCCUUAACCGACCCAUGCCUCCCCUAUUUCUUCAGCAAGGGCUUCAAGCCCAUGGCCGGCCUCGUCGCCAUGAUCGCCGCCCUGACUGUCGUCGCCCUCGAGAUGUACCUCGCCACCCGCGGCGCCGGCCACGCGCACUCUCACCACUACCAUUUCUGGGACGAAGGCGAAAGCGAGGGCGAACACGAACACAAACACGAACACAAUAGCCACACGGCGGCCGCAGGAUACAAGGACACCGCAUCGUCGGCGAACGGCCUUGGCCUGCUGUCUGGUUUGUCGGCGCAGAGGAGCAGGCAUCCUCGCCCGGCUGAUUUCGAGUUGGACGCUAUGGAUGGUGCGACGCAGGGGCUCAUUUCCGGUGCGUCGCCGCUGCCGAGCAGCGAGCCGAGAUUCGCCGCACCAUCUCGUGUUCCGGACGGGCGGGACGGAGGACCCAGCGAGUCGUCAAAUGGCGUAGACGGCGCGGACGACAUGGCAAACGGCGCCGACGACGACGACGACCACGACCGAGACGAGGACUCCGACCUCGAACUGGAAUUACACGAGCUCGAUGCAGUGUCCAUCAAGAACCGCCACGCCCAUGCCCAUGCCCAUGCCCAGCGCCAUCCUCACCAGGGGCAACACCCGUCCAGCGUGCCCGCCGCCGCCCCGCGCGUCGUCAUCAUCACGGCGGAGGAACAAGCCCGGCUCCUCAGACAAUGCCUGAUGCUGGAAGGCGGCAUCCUCUUCCACAGCAUCUUCAUCGGCAUGGCCAUCUCGGUGGCGACGGGGCCGACCUUCGUGGUCUUCCUAAUCGCCGUCAGCUUCCACCAGACGUUCGAGGGCCUGGCUUUGGGGAGCCGCAUUGCGGCCAUUCAACUGCCGCGACGAUCGGCCCGGCCGUGGCUCAUGGCGUUGGCCUUCGGGGCCACGACGCCGUUCGGGCAGCUCAUCGGGCUCGUGGUGCAUAACAUGUACGAUCCGAUGAGCCAGACGGGGCUGCUGAUGGUGGGGUUUAUGAAUUCCAUCUCGUCGGGCCUGUUGCUGUUCGCGGGUCUCGUGCAGUUGCUGGCGGAGGAUUUUUUGACGGAGAAGAGUUACAGUACUUUGGCCGGGGGCAGGAGAUGGAGGGCCUACAUGGCUGUCGUUGGCGGAGCUAUUCUCAUGGCUAUUGUUGGGGGGUUUGCCUAGAACAAAUGCAUGCGAAGGGCAGCUCGAACGCGAUUCAACCCAACCGCAGACGGCAUCUUGCAAAUUAAGUUACAUUUUCGGCGGAUUUCAACGAGUUGGCAGAAACCAAAGGCGUUUUAUAGGAAUCAAUCACAGGAGUACGGCUGUUGGUCUCGGAGAUGAAGUUCAUUUAUUGUACAGUAAGGUACCGAC